AUGAAAGACCCCACAGACGACGAAUAUAAUUGGACCAAGGAAUUCCGAAGCGUAUGGGCGGAGUUCAUCCCCAAGAGCCAGUACAGUACAUUUGAUGCUGGCGGAUGGUUUACUACGGAGUUCGGCGAUGUGGUGGUUGGCAUUGUUUAUGGACAUAUGAAUAUCGACCACUUUAUACUCCAGGACAGCGAUGAAGCAGAAAUUCUAGACGAUAGUAGUAGUCUACAAUUCCCUACUAUGUCUUUUGAUAAUUCCGAUGAGUCUGAUCACUGGUUCCUCAAGUAUCUCUAUAGUCUUAGGGAAGAUUGGUCUAAAUUGCCACCCGAAGACAUGGAUGACCCUUGGCUCAGAGAUGAGGAUGCCGCAUUUGGUUUGCCUUCGCCUGAUAUUAUCAUCAAUGAUGAUCAAUCGAUUGAGAAGAAAGGGAAGGAGGAGAAAACGAAGCAGCUUCUUUUCAAAGUUCCAGAGCAUCAAUCCUCCUGUCCUCCUCCAGGGCCGGCGUACUUGAAUCAGCCGUUGACAUGGCUGGGCUGCAUUCAAUAUUUCGCAAACAUCACAAAGAUCAAUAAUCGAAUGUCCAAGACCCACGGACUGAAGGAUAAUUCUGGCAAUUUCACAGAUGCUGAAGUGAACGAAGCUAGUAAAACAAGCCAUGAUUAUAAUGAUGACGAUCUUAUUUUUGAAGUUGAAUACGACACCAGUGAAGAUGACAUUUAUAGGAUGGACGAUCUUACAGUACGCAGUUUCCUUGACUUGGCCAUUCAGAUUGGGAAAGGGUAUAAGGAUCCAUCAGUGUCCAAAAUGAAUAUUGGUGGCUUAGCUACUAGUAACAUUGGCGCAAUCAGGAGCGAUGAGUUUGAUAUUAAAAAGAGAAAGGAGAAGAAAUCCAGAAAUAAGGAUACAGCGUGGAGAACGUUCUUCAGACGGGCAACUGUGGGCUUUUGA